AUGAGAAGUGAUUUCGAAGCGGCGGCAGGUCUGCUAAUCUGCAAAAGCACUGGCAAGAUGUUUCAGGCUGGCACCUUGAGAACGCCCACGCUGGCGGAUUUGAAAACGCAGUUGGACACUGCUAGACAGGAAGGGGAUGGGGAAUACUAUUAUGCCGGGGCCCUCAGCUUCAGGAACCUGACCAGUGACUCGUUGAGCCUUUACCAAGACCCGGCGAACGCUGGCGCAGUGUUCCAGGUCUGCUCUCUUUUCAAUUGCUUGGAGACGGUGGAUGGUUACCACCCCGAGGAUGGCAUCACGCACUACUGCACGAAGGCCACGCAGGGCGCUACGUCUUCCAUCGCCUGCCCGGCAGCAACCUUCUUCAGGAAUUACUUUGUCCAUUCCACAGGCCAAGGGGCUUCCGGCAGGCCGGUGGAUCUUUUGGAGGAGUUGGCCCAGCUGGUGGAGAACAACAAGAAUGGAUAUUGGACUAUGAAGAAUGGCCACUGCCUGCCACGGGUGGAGGGUAGCAUAGCGAAGCUGAGCCACCGGCUCGCCACCAACCACGACUUGGAGAAUCAAGCACGUGACGUUGUCCAGGUGGGGGUGCACUGGGAGACAGAGGUCUGGCAGAUGAGCCACCAGGUCUGCCAGGUCCUGUGCGGUGCUUUGCCCGUGGGUUACCUCAAAGCGGUGCGAUCCAAUGACUGGUACGUCUUUGCCAAGGCAAAGACCAAGCCUUGGCUUGAAGUUGUCAUUCUACGGGCUGAGAGGUGGUUCUUCAAGCAGCCUACGAGGUUCCGGUGUGUCAUGGCUGAGGCAGCUAAGAGAGGGACGAGGGUCAAGGCUCCGGAAUCCUCUUUGCAUCUCGCCUGGUGCCACGAAGUCGAUGCAGGUCUUCCUGACGGCGGCGCCUUGGAGCGCGCACUCGAGAACUUUGCCUCGGAGCCGCUGGAUGUGAUAUUGGUCCACUUCUCGUCACCCCUUCCAGACUUCGAAGAUCUGGAGGCUGAUCCAAGAAGACGAAGUGGCCAUGAUGAGGACAGAGAUCUGCUCACACAGAAGCCGUUUGGAGCCAGAUAUCCGAGGGCGUUCUCCUUGCAUGACCAGAAUGGUGAUGGAGAGGGGGUACUUGAUCGUGCCGAGUUUUUCACCAUGCUGCACAAGCUGGAUGAAGAGUUCUUCACUCCGCACGUGGUCGAUGUUUUGCUGAAGGAGGCUGACGUGGACCAAGAUGGUAAGAUCUACUACCAUGAGUUUGUUCGCUGGAUCUGCCAGGAAGACGAGGACAUCGUGAACCGUGUCUUGCAUUGA